AUGAAGAGUCAAUACAAAAAUCCAUCGCAGCACAAUGAUUUCAUGGAGUCGCGGAGACAACAGAGGGAAGUUUUGGGUGUGAGAGAGUGCCCUGGCAUUUGGGGAAAAUCUCCAGAACGAGCGGAAAGCGAUGUAGACGAAGACGAAAAACACCUAGAAAAGGACAUUGAGAAGAAAAACAAGAGAAAACUGAAAACUAAGAAGGUGAAGAAAGAGAAAAAACGCAAAAAGGACAAAAAGAAAAAGAGCAAAAAGGCAAAGAAACGCAAAGUAUCCACCAGUUGCAGUGAUAGUGAGAGUGGUUCCGAAACUGAAGUGUGGGUAGAAAAACCAGCCACAGUUAAACAAGACCUAACAUCAGACAACGAAGAGUCCGUUAUAGGCCCUUCGCAGAAGUCUCAUGCUACGCUCACUCACAAAGAAAUGGGCAAAGCCUUGCUUCCCGGUGAAGGUGCCGCAAUGGCCGCUUACGUAGCCGAAGGGAAACGUAUCCCUCGAAGAGGUGAAAUCGGACUGACUUCCGAUGAAAUAGCCACUUACGAGUCCGUGGGAUAUGUCAUGUCUGGUUCGAGGCAUCGAAGAAUGGAGGCUGUGCGUAUUAGAAAGGAGAACCAAAUUUAUUCGGCCGAUGAGAAAAGAGCUUUGGCUAUGUUCAGUAAAGAGGAGAGACAGAAAAGGGAGAAUCUUAUAUUGGGACAAUUCAAAGAUAUGGUUAAUUCUAAGUUGGCUGAAAAAAAUAAAUAG